CUUUCUAUGGCUAGUCAUGGGUCAUCUUAGCACCGUUGUGGUAGCCCUGCUGGGCACGUUUGCCAUUUGCCAUGCGGCUCCUGCAGCCAUUCUGCAGCCCGCCACCCAAUACUACCUGAUCCAACCACAACCAGCCACGCUCAAGAUCCAGCCGCAUCUGAUCCAACCGAUCCAGCAAUUGAAACUGGAGCCGAAGCAGUACGUCUACUAUUAUCCCUCGCUGCCGCUGGCCACCACCACCACCACCACUCACCAAUACACCGAGGGUAAGCCGAUCCGGUUGGUUACGCUGAAGCAAGAUGAGGGCAAUUGGUGGUCGUCGGUGUUUUCCUUCCUGCAGCCACCCUCCACCGAGAUGCCCACCUCUGAGGGCGAAAUGACUGAAGCGCCUCCGGCCGGUGAAGAGGGUGGUGCUGCUAAGGCUCCGGAAAAGAAGCUAAUGUUUAUGGCACCGGCCGAUGCUGAGAAGGGUCCGGAAACGCCUGCUUCGACGGCUGCACUCCCACAACCCCAGCGUUAUUACAUUCUCAGCGGAGCUCCUCAAUUCUAUGGCAACUUCGAUGCCCUGCAGAACCCACUCAGCCCGGUGUUUAGUCUGCAGCCACUGCAAGCUAUCCACGCUCGUGCCAACUCCGACAUUCAGGCCGAGGAUGGUCUGCAGCCCAAGUUUCAGGCACAGAUUGUGUCUUCGCUUGCUCCCAUUGCACCAGUUCCUGCCGCCGUACCUGCACAGUUGAAAAACGAUCUGCUCGAGUCGCAUCAGGAUAAGGAGCAGACCAUUGAUCGAGCCUGGGCACGAUCACUGGACGAUGAGCAGCAGCCGGAACAGCAGCAACAGCAACAGUUGAUGGUUAUGAUGGAGGACGAAGAAGAACCCGCCAUUGUGGUGCAAGGACGCUCAAAGUCUGGUGUCGAUGAGGAAGCUCCCGAGAUUCAACCAGUCAACCUGCGCGCGGCUGUUGAGGAGGAAAAGGAUGGCAAGCAGGAAGGUGUUCAGCGCAGUGUGAACGAUCCAGCCAUCGCCGCUGUUAAGCCUUCCGGUAUAGCAUUGGCCGGACGUGGUGGUGUGGCUGCCUCAGCACCCACCGGUACGGCGAUCGUUGGUAAGAAUGGUCUAGCGUUGGCUUCACCGUCGGCCACUUCCGUUGCAGGUAACUUCUUCGAUGAGGACGAGGACGAGGAAAAGAAGAAACCGCUGUAAGG